AUUUCUUGUGCGGGAGUGAGCGCUCCUCAGCGGCAGUUGUAUGGGUACAGAAAGUCAGAGCAGGGGGAUCUGUGGAUCAGUCGUCCAACUAGUGAACAAUUCUCUGGUCUGAGAUCACGAUAAUUUAGAAAUGUCGGGAGAUAACGAAGAAACGCAGACGGCAGAGGAGACAUCAGUGGACGAGAAGGAGGUUCAGGACAAAGUGAUCAGCCCUGAGAAGGCGGAGGAGGCUAAACUGAAGGCCAGAUACCCAAAUUUAGGAAAUAAACCUGGAGGCUCUGAUCUGCUUCGCAAACGCCUCCAAAAGGGGCAAAAGUACUUUGACUCAGGCGACUACAACAUGGCUAAAGCGAAGAUAAAGAACAAACAGUUGCCAACAGCUGCACCAGAGAAGACCGAGAUCACAGGGGACCACAUCCCCACCCCCCAGGACCUGCCACAGAGGAAACCCUCUCUGGUGGCCAGUAAACUGGCAGGCUGAUGCACACGCAGCCUCAACAUCCCCUGCAGCAUCUCCCAGCCCUAACCCUUUCCACUCAAGUCUCAGAGCUGUAACAUUACCUCUCCCACCCCCUUACAGUACCACCUGUCCCCAGCCUCCGCCCCUUCCCCAACAGCCUGGACCCCAUCGAACAAGAACCUACACCUGGCAGCCAGUGAACUGGCUAGCUGAUACCUUCAAUUCCUGUUUAUUUUAGUUUCACCCUACUUGGCCCUGUCUCUACUGCCUCCUGUCCUUGUUUUUGUCCCUCGCUACUCCCCCAGACUGACUGCCCUUUUGUCAAUGUUUCCUUUCCAUGUUCCUUUUUAUUUUCUCAUUACUUCAAUGUAAGAUACACUGAAAGACAGGACAUCCAAGUGUGAGUGUGACGAGCGGACUGUGACUCUUCUGUACGACUGAUGGACGAUCGAUACCACGGUGUUUACUGGCUGAAGAGAGGGGCGUGAAGCAGAAGCUGCAUCUUGUGUGGUUGAAGGGCUUUGGUAUAGACAUCAGGAUUCCACAGUUUGGAUAUGUGUGAGUGUGUGUGUGUGUGUGUGUGUGUGUGUGUGUGUGUGUGUAAUACGCAUGCUUUUGUUUGGCACAGGGGCAGACAUCAGCCUUUUAGAACGUUUAACAGCAGAUUUGUAUAAUUCACUGUAUGUCCUUAUUCUAAAUUAUGCUGUCAAUAUGCUUGAGUGAUGGACUGAGUAUAGUAAUCCAGAGGCCAUGCUCAGUUUUGUUAAUGCUUUGAUUGUGAAACACGGGGGAAGCCAUACUAAAGGACCACACAGUGAAGCCUGCAUGUGUGACGCAGGGCUCCCAAAGGCAAACCUCACAGAGCUUCAUUUGAAUUCAUUAAGGUGCACUGAACAGACAUCUAAACAGAUGCUGGAAAGCUCGGUUGCAACAUAAAAGCUCUGGGUGGCAGGUAAAUAGUUCAUUCAAGACGUCUUGAAACUAAGAACUCCUUUCAAGUGCGAAAGAGGAGGGGAUGCCGUUGUUGGCUUCAACAUGAAGUGUAAUGUGGAGAGUUUGCACUGUAUUUAUGGUGUGCCAUGCAUUUCGGCCUCAGGGGAUGACACAGUCUUCUCCUUGGGUCACAGUUUCUAGUUCCAAGUUGUCAUGAAUGAGGCAUUGCCGUGCUAGAAGAAGGUAGUGGAGUAUACAGGACCUGAAAGCUAAACUCUUGUCAGUAGGGACCAGUCUUUGUGCUGUGUGAGUAGAAAGCUAUUGUUAAAAAAUGUACUGGGAGCAGAAGUUGGCACUGGGAACAAAGAGUGUAAUGGAUUGUGUUCUAAUUUGGGAAAAAAAACCUAUACUCAUAAGUUAAAGUAGUUUUAUCUUAAAAUUGUCCUCGGCCCUGUGUAGUGCUUUUCCAGGGUCCUUGCUGACUGGAUGAAGUUUACCUGCGAUGUGGUAAAUCUAAGCUAGCACUACAUCCGUCUGAGCUGUGCAUGUAUGUGGCUGCCCUGCUGCCACUUUGUGCCAUUUUGUUUUGUAAAUAAAAUAGUUUUGCACAAAUGUUUAA